CAAGGCGCGGGGUGGGGGCGCUAUAUAGUCGGCGCGCCCCGGCACCACACUGCAUUGCCCUCCACGGCGCCCGGGCCCGCAUCCUCAGCCAGCCAAGAUGACGACGGGGAGCCUCCUGCUUCUGGGGGUCCUCCUCCUGCUGGCCGCAGGGACUCCGGACGUCACCUCGUCGCCGCAAACAAGGAGCAGAAAAGACCUCAACGCGCAGCUAGCGAUCGCCCAGGCGAGGGACGGCGGCCUCGGCGGUCCGUCCGCGUCGUACGGUGCCCCCUCGCUGCCCUCCACGAGCUACGGCUCCCCGGCCGCGCCCUCCAGCAGCUACGGUGCCCCCUCGCUACCCUCGAGCAGCUAUGGCGCCCCCUCGCUGCCCUCCAGCAGCUACGGUGCCCCCUCGAUCCCGUCCGGCGGCUACGGCGUCCCGGAAACCCCUUCGGUCAGCUACGGCGCUCCAGAGACCCCUUCAGUGAGCUACGGCGCCCCGGAAACCCCUUCAGUUAGCUACGGCGUCCCGGCAACACCCUCCGGCGGCUACGGUGCCCCCGCGCCCAGCUACGGCGCCCCGGCGCCUAGCUACGGCGCCCCGGCACCUAGCUACGGCGCCCCCGCGCCCAGCUACGGGCCGCCCGUCGAGGAGCACCACGCACCCAAGGGCGAGCUGAAAAAGAAGCUCGUCUGGAAGCCCGACUGGAAGAAGGUGACCAAGAAGGUGAAGAAGAAGAUCUGGAAGACGGAGUGGAAGAAGAUCCAGGUGCCCGUCUGGAAGGAGGUCAAGGUGCCCGCCUGGAAGGAGGAGAAGGUGCCCGAGUGGAAGACGAUCGCCAAGCCCGUCUGGAAGGAGAUCAAGUCCCCCGCCUGGAAGGAGUUCAAGGUGCCGGACUGGAAGACGGUCAAGACGCCCUACUGGAAGGAGGUGGAGGUGCCCAUCUGGAAGGAGGUCAAGGUCCCCGCCUGGAAGAAGGUCUGGGUGCCGGUCUGGGAGAAGGUCUGGGUGGAGGAGGAGAGCCACGGCUGGGACGAGCACGGCCACGGCUGGAAGAAGCCCAAGGGCGUCUGGAAGAAGAAGCUGACCUGGAAGGCGUCCUGGAAGAAGAUCUGGAAGACGGAGAAGAAGCAGGCCUGGGUCAAGGAGAAGAAGGAGGCCUGGAAGGAGGACAAGGUCCAGGUGUGGCGCACCGAGAAGAAGCAGAUCUGGGUCAAGGAGAAGAAGCUCGAGUGGAAGACGGAGAAGAUCCAGGUGUGGAAGACGCAGAAGAAGCAAGUGUGGAUCCCCAAGAAGGUCAAGGAGUGGAAGGACGACUGGGUCAAGGAGAAGGUGCCCGCCUGGAAGGAGGAGGAGGUCGUGGAGUGGAAGAAGGUGUGGAAGCCCGAGUGGAAGAGCGUGUGGGUGCCCAAGGAGGAACACCACGGCGGCUACUACUAGUGCACCUACCGGCGGCACCAGAUUGGACUGAGAAACCGUUGUGGUGGUUGAAUGAGCAGACUGGACAGUGGCGGAUCCAGAGGAGGUCUUUUGGGGGUGGGGGAGUACUUUUUGCCUGCUGACUCAAAAGGGGAGAAGUAAUGACUUUACCUUACCUAUCUUCCAGGCGGUUAUCCAGUUGCCAGUGGGUUGCAAAAAAACCCUGCCCCCUAUGUAUCCGCACCUAAAACUGCGACGCGUCGCUACGCCUGCCUCUGACGUGCACUGAUGUUAGAACUUGCCAACCCGCUAUGAAAUGCGACUGGACUGAGUGAAACGUCCUGAGGUGGCUGGAGGAAACUCAUCUGAGCAUCUAAGGGUAGUUUUACAAAGUGAAGAGCAGCAAGCACAGUUGAUGCGGUUGGGGUAGAACAUCACGAACUCUCUUUUUCUUUUUGGCGGGUUUUGAUUUUUCCAGCCCUCACCCGUCCCCUGCCCACCCCGCUAGCAGUCGAAUGGCUGUGAGGGUUUGUGAUGUGCCACCUCACUUGUCGUACUUCACUUUAUAAAAAUGCCGCAUCGAUGCAACUUCCUACCUCCCCGUGUGCUCUUGCAAUGAAUUUACGCGUUCUUUACUUUUUGGUCCAUUUCGUUCCUCAUCGCCAUAUCGAAUCAAACUGUUGCGCGUAAUAUUUAUCCUUUGGCCACGUGAUUUUGAGAAGCCAGAGCCCUUCUCGCACUAAGAAAAAUCAACAGAGCAACAACUUGAAAGAGUUUUGGUACCUGUGGUCAGUGGUUCGGGUCUGCAUUCUUAGCUCAUAGAACGCACUGGAAUGAAAGCGAAUAAGGAUCGAGUGUGGAUAAUCCCUUCAGAGAAUCCUAGACUGACUACGUAAGAAUGUAUUACCUCUGGAGCACACACUUUCGUUCGAUCCUGCGUGUUGUUUUUUGUUUUGCGUGAUCCGUAGCAGAUUUGCCACACGAUUUUAAUGUACGACUUCAUGUGAUGUUUUGUACAAAAAAAAUCUUCAAAACUAACAAAUCAAAAAAAUCAGUAUUCAAUUUUUUCUUUAGAUUAAGCUCUGAAAGAUACGAAGUAAUUUAAUGAGUGUAAAAUGUUAACGUUUUGUGUUACAUAAUUAAUGUUACAACAUAACACCCGCAAGAAAAUAGUAUGAUUGUUACACUGUGUCCCUUGGACACACGUUAUUGUUGAAGUUUUCAUUGUUGUUGAGUGUUCAUUGAUGAUGUUUCUGUUUUAUCAUGUAACAGUGUUGUUGACUAUUUUUACGGAGCAAAUUAUGUAAAUAAAAUUGCUUUAAAAAC